UCAUGCUGCUGCCAGGUCCAGAGUCUCUCAUGGGUCCCUGUACGGCCUCCCAUUGCUGCUGUCUCCAUCGCCACACUCUGCCAUGUGCCACUUUCAGGUCUCCUCACACACUGCUGUGUGUGUUCCAUUUUUUGUCAUAGGGUGCUGGCAGAUUACGGGCCUCCCAUAGCUGCUGCCAGGCCCCUAAUCUGCCAUGGGCCCCUGUACCGCCUCCUCAUGCUGCUGCCAGGUCCAGAGUCUCUCAUGGGUCCCUGUACGGCCUCCCAUUGCUGCUGUCUCCAUCGCCACACUCUGCCAUGUGCCACUUUCAGGUCUCCUCACACUGCUGGUGUGUUACAUUUUUUG